UUUACUCCGCAAACUCUCCAUCAAAAACUAAAAAGAUUCCUACAUCCUGAACCACAAUAAAAAAUAGCGUCAUUUCACGCCUCUUCCGAUCCGCUACUACGGGCGGACUUAAAAUAUUUCGCGCUUAAUGUACUCCCGCACAACGACAUUGCUGAGCAGAAGCUGCCGAUACUUCCUGCGGUCUCCCGUUGCUCCGAAAGCGUCCUUUUCGAUUACCGCGCGCACCCUCGCAGCCGCCAACGCAGCCAUGGCCGAUACUGCCCAGGGAGCUGUGACUCCGGACUUGCUGAGGGGGAAAUUGGUAGACCAGCUGCAGGCGCAGCAUGUUGAGAUUGAGGAUUUGUCAGGAGGCUGCGGACAAGCAUUCCAGGCCGUUAUCGUUUCGCCGCAAUUCGAGAAAAAGACUAUGCUUGCACGUCAUCGGUUGGUGAACUCGGUCUUGAAGGCGGAGAUUGCCGCUAUCCAUGCUUGGACACCUAAAUGUUACACACCUGAGCAGUGGAUUCAGCAGCAGGGAGGAUCUGCUUAAAAUUAUUAUUUCCAUACAGGCAGGCCUGCCACGAAUGCGGGACCGGGGUUGAUAUAUCCGGGGGUUUCUCAUGUCCUUUGAAAGAUCGCAAUUAGGCGUUGGAUGGUUGAUUCAUGUAUAUUUACUCUUGAUAUUCCAGAAAUGAUACACUAUAUAUUGUACGUCGUUGGAUAUGAGUGACGUAAUAUUGCGCAGAACAUCUAUAGAUGCUUGUACAAGUCUUUGUUAUAUUAAUUUUAAAUGUAGAGAGAUAAUCCUUGC